AUGUCGGUAGAAAUUUAUAAAAAGAGCGAGAAACAAAUCAACCUUCCAGGACUAAAUGAAGAGCAGCAAUUGCGACUUGAGUCUGCGAAAAGAUACUGCCAGGAACAAUCUGUUAGAUUCGUGAUGCAACAACAGGAGGAAGAGACCAAGAGCUUCAUGUCUGGCGGCAUCAAUGGAGGUUCAGUCCAGUCUCAGCAAGUGUUGUCGCUGAUGAGCCAGGUCUUCAUCGGUUCGAUUUUUUACGAAGUGAGUGAAGCGCAACUAAGAGAUGCUUUUGCGCCUUUUGGGAUCAUCAACGUUGUUAACUUGAAUCUCGACCCCGUCACUGGCAAACACAAAGGUUUCGCGUUUAUCUGGUUCGAGCUUGCAGAAGCCGCCCAGCUAGCGAUCGAGCAAAUGAACGGGGCAAACAUGUGGGGUCGUCCGAUCAAAGUCGGCCGGCCGACCCAGGCUCAGCCGUAUUUGAAGACCAUCGACGAAGCCGUCUACGAUUCAAAACGAUCGACCUGCAUCUACGUCUCCGGAAUUCAGCCAAUCACAUGA